GUGGAAAUGAGAAAAUUCACACCGCCUGAGCCACAUCACGUCACACCACGCAGGUUUUCUUGAUCCUCUCAUCUUACAGAUCCAUGGAGAGCAUAUUGUAAGCAAACAAGAUGGGUUGUUGGGAGUACUGAGGCAAUCACCAAGACAGGCGCAGGUACACAAGUACCUGCAAGCACUGUUGCGGGUAGUCCAUAGCGGGGUUAUCGCGGGGUAGAAGCGCACCCUAGCGCAGCCCAGGCCCUGCAGUGAGCCUUAGCAUCUGAGCUCAGCUACAAUCUCUCUCUGAGACUAGUACCUAGUACCUGCAAACAUCAUCACUUACUUCUCUUACCUCAUCUCUCUGCUUUUUCUCUCUCCUCUUGCCAAAUCUACUUGAUGCUCUGUUCUAUCUAAUAGUCGAUUAGACAUGGCUGCCCAUCCCAGACUCAUCAGUGCCUCUGAUGAGUCCGGGGUCCUCUGCAUCUACGAUGAUGACACCAAGCCCAAGGUCAAACGCCGCAGCUAUGCACGUGAGGUCCUAGAUGUCUUCCUCCCCGCUGGCUAUCCGCAUACCGUGACGCCUGACUACACGCCUUAUCAAAUAUACGACUCUCUCCAGGCCUUUUCUAGUACAAUAGCUGGACUACUGUCAUCGCGGGCCGUGCUCCAGGGAUUCGGCGUAGGAGAUGCGGCAUCCUCAGCCACAGGUGCCGUGCUGUUGACCGUCCUUCAAGAGUCGACGGGCCGACUAGCAACGAUCCUGUUCGCCCACAGGCUCGGCCAAGCCAUCGAGCCAGAGUGCAAGUUCUACCGCUUUCUCGCCGAUAUCUUAAACGACUCGGCCAUGUUCCUCGAUGUUCUCUCCCCUGCACUCCCCGGCCCCGCCAAGGUUGUAGCACUCUGCAUGUCGGGCGUGCUUCGAGCGCUAUGCGGUGUCUCGGGUGGGUCGGCCAAGGCAAGUCUCAGCGCGCAUUUUGCGCGGUCUGGCAACCUCGCCGAACUUAACGCCAAGGACGGUAGCCAGGAGACCGUCAUCAGUCUACUUGGGAUGCUGGUAGGAAGCGUAUUUGUGCGUUUUGUGCAGAGUCGACUCGCCGUGUGGCUAUGGACCGCGACACUCGUCGGUCUCCACCUAUGGACUAAUUACCAGGCUGUGCGGUCCGUACAGAUGCGGACGCUAAAUAAACAGCGCGCUACCAUAAUUAUCACUGAGUUCCUGCGCAGCGGCCUUGUGCUACGGCCAGAUCAGGUCGCUAUCAAAGAGCGCAUAUUACGCUGGAAGGCGCCUAACAUCGACUACGCACGCAGACACCCGGAAAUAGGGGAGAUUACCACUACUGAUAUACUGAACUUUCGUGAUAACCGGUACAUAAUCGUAAACAGCACAGCAGGUCAGAAGAUAUAUCUGAAACAAGGCGCCACGACUGUCGAUGCCAUAGAAGCUUGGAUUGCUGCGCUGGGUCGUCUACGCUCCGUUGACGAAGAGUUCUGGAAAGCAAUGGCGAGCUCUGGAUGGGAUCUGGAGACAGGAGCCAUGGAAACUGGUCCUGCCGUUCGCAUCCUGGUAGAAUGAGAGAUGCAACCAAACCAAAGUAGUAAAAACAUCACGAAAGAAAAGAAAAAAACACAAGAAAAAGGAAAAGGAACUGGGAAAACGCGGCGCUUUGAAUCAAGGAAUAGAGAUUAUCGCAAGAACUGUUCUAUGUGGAGUAUGUACAGUAGAGAUGCCACCUGCACGAUACGAUGCAGCAAAUGAAUGAAAUAUCUCCAAAUUCCUUCAUGAAAUACCUAAACGCCUUGCCUUUCCCCCCUUUUUUGGUUUCGUCAUGGCAUUGGUAUCCAGAUGUCUCCAUGCAAGUGAUACAUUAGUUAUACAGCGUAUUUACAAACCCACUCACCAACACACGCGCCUCUUCUUAUUCCUCACUCACCCUACCCUACUACCUAGAUCGUAUAAAAUUCGUUGAAAUGA